AUGCUGCAGGAUAAGGGCCUGUCGGAGAGCGAAGAGGCCUUCCGGGCCCCGGGCUCGGCGCUCGGCGAGGCCAGCGCCGCCAACGCCGCCAGCGUCCCCGAGCCCGCGCUGGCCGCGCCGGGCCUCAGCGGAGCCGCGCUCGGCAGCCCCCCGGGCCCGGGCGCUGACAUCGCCGCCGCCGCCGCCGCCGCCGAGCAGACCAUCGAGAACAUCAAGGUGGGCCUGCAUGAGAAGGAGCUCUGGAAGAGGUUCCACGAGGCGGGCACCGAGAUGAUCAUCACCAAGGCGGGCAGGAGGAUGUUCCCCAGCUACAAGGUAAAAGUCACAGGCAUGAACCCCAAGACCAAGUACAUCCUGCUGAUUGACAUCGUCCCUGCGGAUGACCACCGCUACAAGUUCUGUGACAACAAAUGGAUGGUGGCGGGGAAGGCUGAGCCCGCGAUGCCAGGAAGGCUCUAUGUCCAUCCAGAUUCUCCUGCCACUGGGGCCCACUGGAUGCGGCAGCUGGUCUCUUUCCAGAAGCUGAAGCUGACGAACAACCACCUGGACCCCUUCGGCCAUAUCAUCCUCAACUCCAUGCACAAGUACCAGCCGCGGCUGCACAUCGUGAAGGCUGAUGAGAACAAUGCUUUUGGCUCCAAAAACACAGCCUUCUGCACCCAUGUGUUCCCAGAGACUUCCUUCAUCUCUGUGACCUCUUACCAGAAUCACAAGAUCACACAGCUGAAAAUUGAGAACAACCCUUUUGCCAAGGGAUUCCGGGGCAGUGACGACAGUGACCUGCGUGUGGCCCGACUGCAGAGCAAAGAAUAUCCCGUGAUCUCCAAAAGCAUCAUGAGGCAGAGACUCGUCUCCACCCAGCUCUCUGCCAAGCCCGACGUCAGCCCCCUGCAUGGUGCCCACCAGGCACUCCAGCACUACCAGUAUGAGAAUGGGGCUCACAUGCAGUUUGCUGCGGCUGAGCCACAGGACCUUCCCCUCAACACCUUCCCAGCCCAGAGGGACUCAAGCCUCUUCUAUCACUGCCUGAAAAGACGAGCAGACAGUACCCGCCACCUGGACUUACCCUGCAAGCGAUCCUAUCUGGAAGCUCCCUCUGCAGUGGGAGAGGAUCAUUAUUUCCGUUCUCCCCCUCCCUACGACCAACAGAUGCUGAGCCCUUCCUACUGCAGUGAGGUGACCCCAAGAGAAGCCUGCAUGUACUCAGGUUCAGGGCCUGAGAUUGCUGGGGUGUCUGGGGUGGAUGACUUGCCCCCGCCCCCACUGAGCUGUAACAUGUGGACGUCAGUCUCACCAUACACAAGCUACAGCGUUCAGACAAUGGAGACUGUGCCUUACCAGUCCUUCCCCACGCACUUCACUGCCACCACUAUGAUGCCUCGGCUGCCUACUAUCUCUGCUCAGAGCUCCCAGCCACCAGGAAACACCCACUUCAGUGUCUACAAUCAGCUCUCACAGUCUCAGGUCCGAGAGCGGGGGCCCACCACCUCAUUCCCAAGGGAGCGCGGCCUCCCUGCAGUGUGUGAGAGGAAGCCGCCCUCUCCACACUUGAAUGCUGCCAAUGAGUUUCUCUACUCUCAAAGCUUCUCCUUGUCCCGGGAAGCUUCCCUACAGUAUCAUUCAGGAAUGGGGACUGUAGAGAACUGGACUGACGGAUGACUCCCAUGUCUCCUCAAGAGCCCCAGGACCAUGUUAAUCCAGUAGUAACCUCUGUGGGUGGCCUGCACUACCAAGAAACACAGGAAGGUAUUUCAAAGGGUGGUGUGUGUUUGUGUGUGUGUGCGUGUGUGUGUUUGUGUAUUUGGAGAGCAUCUAUCUUCUGACAUACAGUUGAGGCCAUGACACGGAAAAAACCACAAUUAUCUAAGAAGUGAUUUCAGCUGUAGGACCCGGCUCCAUUGUUAUCUGACAUCUCUUGACAUGCCCUUGGGUGGGAUGGAGUGGAGAGUUCAUGUGAGUUAUUUAGAGGUUUUUAUAAUAUAGUCUUGAUUUACUCA